AUGGCACCAUUAGGGAGACAGAGCCAAAACUUUGUUGAUGAACAGUUUGUGAACGAUGAGUUCAUAACAAGAAGUUUGUGGCUUUUGUGCGAUUUCAGAUCUUUUGCUGGUAUAAAGAGACCUGAACUGAAAGUAUCCCUGGAGCCCAAUGUGAAUUAUUUCUUCUACUUGAGGGCUGCCAACCCAUUUGGGACAAGUGAACAAAGUGAAGCUGCUCUCAUUUCAACUAAAGGAACUCGAUUUCACCUGCUGAGCAAGACAGCCCAUCCUGCUUUGCAAAUCUCCUCCAAUGCGACGGUGAUCUGCCUUCCUGAGAAAGCCAAAUUCACUGGGUUUCCUUCAGUCCUGGGUGAACUGCUGCCUGCUCGGGGACGCCAUUACUGGGAAAUCGUUGUCUAUGCCUGCAGAAGCUACAGGAUUGGGAUUUGCUAUGAAGCAACAUCACGGAGCAGUGUCCUGGGGCUGAAUGAUACUUCCUGGUGCAUGCACUGCUGUCCUACACAAACUAGCUUUCUUUACAGAUUUCUUCACACCGGUAUGAUGAGCGAUGUCCGUGUGACAGAACACCCGUCCAGAAUCGGCAUCCUGUUGGAUUACAGUGGUGGCAGACUGUUGUUCUUCAAUGCAGAGAGAGGACUGGUGCUGUUUUCCAUCAGGCACAAAUUCACUGAUGCUGCUCACCCAGCCUUUGCCCUGGAGAAAGCUGGAGCACUUACCCUGUGCACGGGAAUGGAGCUGCCGGAGUUUGUGAAGCACAGCUAAUUUCCUGCUUCACACUGUCAGAAAAACUGAC